AUAGAAUUCCUAGAAAACUACGCAACUCAGCAACUGUGAUUGUCCAGUCUUUUUUCAAAACACGAUGCGCCUCGAUUUCAGAGCAAUCGUUUCCGUGUUCCAUUGCGUGUCCUCGUAGAGAUAGGUAUAUACGAAACGCCCGUAAACCUAAUGUUAAAAGAACGACGAUAUAUAACUUGAUAUUUUGCUUAAACAAGUUUGGUGUGUUGUUCUUUGAGUUAUAAACUUUUACCUUGGAUAAACAUUUUACGGCUAGAUAUUCAUGAGAAAUAUGUAAUAUCUCGUCGAACAAAGUUGAUUUGUCAUUUCGAGGCGACACGAUAUUCCAUAGCUGUAGAUAUAGGUAGGUAAAGCCGAUAUAAAAAAUCGUUAGUAAGUGUUAAUAACCAAGUAUAUGCGUUAUGUUGGCAGAGGGACAAAGAAAAGCGACUUUCGAAGAAUACGAAGCAAAGAGGCACGAGUACGCGGAGAAAAUCGCAACUCUCAAGCGAAGCGUUAAAGAACUCUACGUAGAGUAUGCAGACAUACGGAACGUAAUUAUGGAAUGCAACGAUUAAAAAAACAUUGAUUAUGUAAAUCAUUCGGCGUGAAAACGUUAUAUACAUUUGUAUGUGUGUGUUUGGCGUUAUUUCAGAACGAGGGGAAAUCAGAGGGCAAAGUUCAGGUAAGUCGCAAAUCUUUGGAUUGUGAGAAAAAACGCAAUUUAGAUGAGACAAUUACUAAAAUACAAGAGGACAAUAUACGGUUAAGAAAGAAGCACGAUCUAAUUAAGUACGAACGUAAGAAGGUGAGCAACGCGAUAUCGAUCUUUUAAAGAUUAGGCUGGCGCGAAAAUGUAUUUUAUAUCCAUAGAAGCGUAAAUAUUCCUUAGCGACAGCAGAGACUGCAGUCGUUGCUGGAUGAAUAUAGUAAAUUAACGAGCAAUAAGAUGCAGAAGAUAUUUAAGGAGAAGAUAGAGAAUCCGUUGCGGAACGUGAGUUAGAACAAUAUAGAUAAACAUCGUUAGAGCAUCCGUUAGAGUUACGUUUAUAUCGUGACAGAAAAUUGUUAAACUGGAAGUACGUUUGGAGCAUAUCAGGAUGAUGCAAAUCAAAGCGAACAUAGCACGAAUGAAAUAUCGGUCGAUGUGCUCCGAUCUAAAACAGAAAUCCGUGCUUUAUGCAUCUUCUUUGAAAAGUCUGGAAGAUGAAAUAAAGGAGCAAGAGAACGAAAUGAAACGUCUGGAGAAAGCGAAAGAAGAAGCUAUUACGUUAAAGGAUAAUAUGCAGGAAACAUUGAUAAAAGAAGAAAUCGAGGUUACAAAUUGUAGCAAAGAGCGUCAUGCUGUCCUUGAAGAAUACAGGCAACGCGUGUUAGAGCGAAAAACGGAACUCGAGCGUUUGGAAAAGAUGAUAUUCCAUUCGCGUCCGCGAGAUGAUUUUGACACACGUGGAGAAAGCCACGUACAGCAUGCGGAGGACAUUACCAAGGACGAGGUGACACGACUCGAAGAGACGUUCGCCAAGCUUCGCAGUGCCACCGGAGUGUCCAGAUCCGAAGACGUUCUGAACCGGUUUCUAGGUCAGCGAGCGACUAAGGAUAAUCUGCAGAAAAUGCGGCUGGCCACGGAGCAAGAGAAAAUGGAUUUAGAAAAGCAGAGACUGCAGCUUAUCGACGAAAUGGAAAUGAGAAAGUUCUCUGAAACGAAGGACGCGGAACAAAAUGCGGAAGAAACGGAGAAACUGAACCGUCGCAUCGACCAACAGCGAUCGCGCCGAUUAAAAGCUGACGCGAGAAGGCAGAAGGUGGAAGAUCUAUUGCGAGCAAUUACCAUGACAUUGAGGAACGUGUGCAACAAAUUUCGAGAUAUAAUCGAUACGUUGCCUAAAGAAUCAAGCGAAAUUCAACAGCCUUUGCAGCUCCUAGAUCUAAUUAACGAAGAGCUAACUAAUACCAUUGAAACUUUCGGUGGACAAGACAAAUAUUUGCAAGUAUUGCAGGAAAUAUCGAUCGACAAGUUGGAAACAGUAUCGAUUACGACUAACUCGGUGGAGGGAAAAGCAGCACGCAUAGAUGGAGGGCCACUUUUCCCACGAUUUCCAUCCGCAAUGACACCGGCGACGUUGCUUUCCGAAGACGAAGAGGAUAUACCAACUAGAAACACUCUCAAGAAACAGGCACAGCAACUGGUUGAUAUUAAAAGUCGUCGAAAAGCAUUUACUUUCAGAAAAUAAACC